AGUCCGGACACUCCCCCCCCUUCCAGUCCGGACACUCCCCCCCCUUCCAGUCCGGACACUUACCUACCCCCCCCCCCCUUCCAGUCCGGACACUUUCCCCCCUUCCAGUCCAGUCACUCCUCCCCCCCUUCCAGUCCGGACAUUUUCACCCCCUUCCAGUCCGGACAUUUCCCCCCCUUCCAGUCCGGACACUUCCCCCCCCCCCUUCCAUCCUGGACACUUUCCCCCCCUUCCAGUCCGGACACUUUCCCCCCCUUCCAGUCCGGACACUUCCCCCCCUUCCAGUCCAGACACUUCCCCCCCCUUCCAGUCCGGACACUU